AUGACUGACCCAACCAGGAUCUUCAACGCCGACGAGAGCGGAUUUAGUUUCGAUCCAAAACACAGGAAGGUGAUUGCUUGUAAAGGUGCCAAGAAUGUCUACAACAUCACAUCGAACACCAAGACACGGGUGACGGUGUUGGCAACGGUGAAUGCAGCAGACUUCUACUUGCCACCCCUGCUCAUCUACCCAUACAAGAGGGUUCCGGGGAAGAAUCUACUGAACGGUUUUCCCGACGCUUUGGUGCAGGUAUCGGAAAAUGGUUGGAUAACCGCAGCAAUUUUCUUCGCAUGGCUGAGAGACACGUUCAUCCCCGAGACCAUGCACAUCAAGAAGCCCUUGUUACUUCUUGUUGAUGGCCACAUCUGCCAUACCUCACUCUACGAAACAUCGGAGAUCUGCGAGGACAAUGGUAUCAUCCUAUAUUGUCUCCUGGCACAUUCCUCUCAUCUUAUGCAGUCCUUAGAUCAAACAUUCUAUGGCUCCGUGAAGUCUGCGUGGUCUGAUGCUAGUAGAAGGCCCAUCGCUGAGACUGGAGACGCAGUUGGACUGGACACCUCUGCGAAGGUUUUUCAACAUUUCUGGCAGACGUGCGCAACAACAGAGAAUGCCGAGUCCAGCUACAGGGCAGCAGGUAUUUUCCCUUUUUGA